AAAAAAAAAAAAGGCGUUUCUUUCUUUCUCUAUCAUCAUCUGUUGUGAAAUUCAAAUUCCAGUGAGAGACAGAGAGAGAGAGCAUUCGAAAAAUCCAGCUCCCAACAUCGUCGAUUUCUCAAAAAGCCCAACUUUUUUCCCCCAAUUUCACGAAUCGCUUCCGUGAGUCAAUAUCUUCGUUUUUGAGGGAUUAUAGUUUUUUUCUUGCUGGCAGCAUCUAAAACGUUAUGAUGGGAAGUAAAAGAGAAGAAGAGAGGAACGAGAAGAUCAUCCGUGGUCUUAUGAAGCUUCCUCCCAAUCGUCGUUGUAUCAACUGCAACAGCCUUGGCCCUCAAUAUGUUUGUACGACUUUCUGGACUUUCGUAUGCAUGGCUUGUAGCGGGAUACACCGUGAAUUUACUCAUCGUGUGAAGUCUGUAUCAAUGUCAAAGUUUACUUCUCAAGAAGUUGAAGUACUUCAAAAUGGUGGUAAUCAGCGUGCCCGAGAAAUAUAUUUGAAAAAUUGGGACCAUCAACGCCAGAGACUUCCAGAAAACAGUAAUGCAGAUAGAGUUCGCGAAUUUAUCAAAAGUGUGUAUGUGCAAAAGAAAUAUGCAGGUGAAAAUGUGACGGACAAGCCUCCGCAAGAUAGUCAGGGGCAUGGAAGUUCUGAAAGUGUGACUCGAAGGGCCAACUCGUAUCAUUCUUACUCCCAAAGCCCUCCUUACGAUUAUCAGUAUGAAGAGCGCCGUUAUGGGAAAGUACCCUUGGGAUUUACCGGCAAGUCUGCUUCAGUGAAAGGGCUUCAUGCCAAAGCCUCUAGUUUUGUAUAUAGCCCUGGACGUUUUAGUGAUCAUAUGUUUGAAGACCAAUUCGCAAAUGAGGGCUCUGCGCCAAGGGCUUCAGAUUUUUCUGUUUCAAGUGGAGGAGAUCCGUUCAGGUCUGAUACACAGUCCCCAAAUUUCCAGCAGGAAAUUGAAUUUCGUAGUCCCCAGUCUCACCACUCAAAUGCCCCUCCAAGUGAAAAUUUAUUUCCAGGCAGGCAACAUCAGAGAACUACAUCUUCUGGGAGUGCCAGAUCAGUUGAAAGUAAUUCCAUGUCUAUCAAGUCAUAUACCUCGAGUGGCUUAGGGGAAGGCGUACCUGAAAGUGCAGGAAACCAGAAACCUUCAAUAGCACCCCGAUCUACUCAUGUUCCUUUAGUAGCAGAGGCUCCUAUUGAUUUGUUUCAGUUGCCAGGAGCGCCAAUGGCUCAAUCUGUCAGUACAGUUCAACCUUCUAUAGCACCCGGAUCUCCACCUAUGCAAUUUCAUCAACCUGUACAGACGUACUCAUCCACCCCAACAGAUUUGUUUGCUGGAAAUUUGGGUCAGCAAUCUACUUCAAGACUGCCAGACGUGUCUGCGCCUAAGAACGAAGGAUGGGCUUCUUUUGAUAAUCCCAUGCCUUCUGCAAAACCUACAAACGUUAUUAGCUCCUCUGGAGUUCCCCAGUUGGAAGUAAAAGAUGAAGGAAUCCCACAGCCUAGCACGAGCAUGCAAUGGCCACCAUAUUCAUCAAUUGUGGACCAGCAUGCUUUGUCGAUAUCAAGUCCAUGGCAGGAUGAUCUCUCUGAUGUUGUUAAAAAUGUUACUGUUACCCCGCCGUGGAAUGCCUUUCCCGACUCUAUUGAGGCCAGUCCUUUUGACAGUGGUACGAAUACUCACCCACUGGUAGAUGGAGCAAGUACUUCGCCAUCUAACAUUGAUCAACAGCAUUUGGAACCACAAAUUGUAGAGUCACAGAAAUUAAGCAAUGGUGUCACCCAAACUGCCAGAUUCCCUGCUGGCUCUUCUGGUUUUGAUUUUCCAGGGAACAUUGUCAUGGCACCAGUAUACUUCUCUCUUAUGGUUCCAGAAGAAGCUUGGCAGCAUGUAAUCGAACAAAAGUCAGCCAAUCCAUUUGAUCUCCCCUAUGAUUCCGAGUUUGACUCAAAUGAUAUGUUCUUAGACAUGAGUUCGUUACAAGAAGCACUGCCUGAUAUCCAGACACCACCGACCUUCCUUAAUGAUGUUUCACAACCGUGGCUAGUUCCAGACUCUGUACCCUCAUACUUACCUGCUCCAGCAGUCGCACAAGGUGGCUUAAAAUGUAUGGCAGGGCAAGCAUCAACAUCUCAAUUGCAGAAUUCUGCUGCACAAGGCCCUGUUGCUUCUACUGGAGGCAAUCCAUUUGCUUAGGCACACCUAGGUCUGCUUCAUCGUCUAUGUCUAGAUGCUUCAUCUUUCUUAUUCACCUUCAAUUGAUGCCUUCCAUAAUAUUUUUUUUUCCCAGAAAAAAAAAAAGAAACCAGCCUUAUUGUGCAUUGUGUUUGUUUCAUUGUUCGGAACCAACUUCAGCUGUAUGUGACCUUUGAUAUUGAGUGUAUUUUCAAGUGGACAUGAGUAAUCACAUAACUGGGCAUGAUUAA